GAGCAAUGUCGUCGGUUCUGUCAUCGGCGACUACUUCUCAGAUAAUUUCUGGCUACUUGCUCUUGAAUCAAAGCUUGUCUGAUACGGUGACGUGUGAAGACUAUGAUAAUAACACAGACCGCAAGGCUAUCACGUCAGUGAAGGUCUGCGUGAACUCUGGGGCGGCUGUCGGCCUCGUUCUCGAUUUCACUGAUUACAGCACCGCUGGUUGGCGCGGUAGCAAUAGCGGGACAGUCUAUACCUUCGAUCUGGGCGAUUCCGAAGAUAUCACGACGAUCUCGUACAACAUUCAAGACGACCAGCUCUUAGGGCUCAGCUUCACAACCUCGCGAGGUCGGCAGUCCCCUUGGUACGGCACCAAGAGUCUCUCAUCAGCUGCCAUGACUUGGUCAUUCGGCGGUUGCGCCCUCGGUGGCUUCUAUGGAACUGCCGACACCGUGCUUCGCGGUCUCGCUGUGCGUAGAUGUUUCAUCUCUGGAAUAUGUGGUUUUGUUUACAUUUCCCCCAUGAAGCCCACCUGGACGACGCGUCUCGGCGAGACGUGGCUCUAUGAGAUGACGAAGCGCGUGCAACAGCUCAUGGCGAGCGUGAAAGACUCCGAGGUGUAUGUCGGCCAGCUGCAAGAGCGCGCGAGUGCAUCCAAGAUGCAGUCUGACACGGGCCUCGGUGAACGGGCGCAGAAGGUUGUGGAUAGCAUUGUUGCCACGGGGCGCUCGAUCGAACACAUGCACAACCUCGUGAGCGCGAACCGCAAGAUGCACUCCAUGGGCGAUGAGGAUCGAUGCUCGAACCUACACGCGCAGGCUGAACAGGCGGAGGCUGCCGCGGACGAAAUCAAGUCAGCACUCAAGAAUCUGUUCGAUGAGUGCAACCUCCUGCAUACCGAGCGCGUCAAGUUCUCCGAUGAGGUUGAUGCCGCCUACUUGCGUGCCCAGCGCGACACUACUAUGCCCUGCAGACUUUUCUUGCAUCGACCGUGA